AUGCGCGGGUUGCUCACCGCGCUCGAACCCUUGCUUGAGCGCGACGUGGCGCUGGGCGAGGGUUCGUUCCCGGGUCUCAAUGACAGCGAUGCGCCUACCAGCGCGAAGGAGAGUUCGACGCCGGUGCUGGACGCGACGAUCCGCUUGCUGAAGGAGUUCUUGCCAAGUGGAAAGGGGAAGGAGCGCGCGGUGGAGGGUGCAGUGGCGAAUGGCGAUGCUUCGGGCUGGUCGAGGGUGGGGAAGUCAGGGUUGGAGGAAGAGGAGGAACGCGAGGCGUUUACGCCGACGUUUGUGUACGAUGCAUUGAUGAAGAAGAGGCGGUUCGGCCAUCUUAAGCUUGGUCAACAGGAGGACGCGGAAGAGUUCCUCGGGUUCUAUCUUGAUGAGUUGGAGGAGGAACUCGAAAGCUUGCUGAAGGACUCGCAAGAGGAUCAGCAAGGUGGGCACUCCGGUGAGGCCGAAGGUUGGACUGAGGUCGGCAAGGGCAAAGCGAAGAACGCUGUCGUUCGUGGCUCGGGUCCCUUGCACAACUCGCCGAUCUCCAGGAUCUUUGGAGGUACUUUCCGCUCGACGUUGAAGCAGCCAAAGAAGCCCGACUCCGUUACGGUCGAGCGCUGGCAGCGCCUUAUGCUGGAUGUUGAGCACGAGUCUAUUGAUACCAUCGAGGACGCCAUCCAGAGGCUGGUGCAGCCGCAGACCAUCUCCGAUCCCGCGUCUCCAACUUCGCAAGGCCCGAUGAUGUUGCAACUGCAGAUCGCGUCGUUACCUCCGGUGCUUGUGCUGCACCUGAAGCGCUUCUUCUACUCCGCCGACGAGGUCAAGAAGGUCAGCAAGGAGGUGCGGUAUGGGCCUAUCUUGGAGUUCCCGGCCAACAGCAACGUCCUUGCGAAGCGCACGGCGGCGGCCAAGUACAGGCUCUUCGCGGUUCUGUACCAUCACGGCCGCUCUGCGGCUGGUGGUCACUACACGCUCGACGUGUUGUGUCCGACCCGCUUCGCUCUUCCCGCAGCGCAAGCUAGCAAGCCUGCUCCGCCAAAGGCAGCGCCCGGUGUCGCUGUUAGCAAGCCGGGUCCGCGUUUCCGCGAGGGCUGGAUCCGCAUCGACGACGAACUCGUGUCUGACAUCCGUCCCGAGGACGUUUUCGGCCCUGGCUCUCGGUCGGGCGGGCGCUGGGAGGAAGAAGGCGGCCGAUGCGCGUAUCUGCUCUUUUACGAGCGCAUUGGCUGA